CUAUAUCAUUAGUUUAUAACUCCCCACAAGGCCACGGUUCACCCAACAAUCAAUAUCAACAAGGAAUUCUGGUCUUCCAAUCAAUGGCUAUUUUCUCAACAAUUCCAAGCUAUGAAAACUCACUCCUCCUCAGAAACCCUAAUAUUGGUCUCAACAAAAGUCCUAGACCUAGAACAUCAAAUGGUAGCCUCAGGCUCAUUUCCUUGAAGAUUAGGGCCACUCGUACACAAGUUGCUGACUCAUCUUCAGUCCAACCAUUGCUCCCCAAACCAUUUGAAAUUACCCAAUUGCCCAUAUUCCAAUUUGAUGAGUACCUGUCCAUGAAGGCAAAGAAGGUGGAGCAAGCUUUGAAUGAGGCUGUGCCUUUGCAAUACCCCACGAAAAUCCAUAGGGCAAUGAGGUACUCACUUUUAGCCGGCGGAAAGCGUGUGCGUCCAGUUCUAUGCCUUGCUUCGUGUGAAUUAGUUGGAGGGGAUCAGUCUCUUGCAAUCCCAACAGCUUGUGCCGUUGAAAUGAUCCACACCAUGUCACUUAUUCAUGAUGAUCUUCCUUGCAUGGACAACGACGAUGUUCGUCGCGGAAAGCCCACAAACCACAAGGCUUUUGGGGAAGAAACCGCUAUUUUAGCCGGUGAUGCCCUCCUCUCCCUUGCCUUCGAGCACAUAGCGGCUAAGACCACAAAAGUGGUCUCCCCUGAACGCGUGGUUCGGGCCAUUGCCGAGCUUGGUUCAGCCGUAGGGUCAUCAGGCCUCGUGGCGGGUCAAAUUGUCGACGUUUUGAGUGAAGGUAAAGAAGUGACACUAGAAGAAUUGGAGUACAUACAUGUGCAUAAAACCGCGAAGCUCCUUGAGGCUUCGGUGGUUUGCGGGGCAAUAAUUGGAGGAGGGAAUGAAGGUGAGGUAGAGAGGAUGAGGAAGUAUGCAAGGUGCAUAGGGUUGUUGUUUCAAGUUGUUGACGACAUUUUGGAUGUGACAAAGUCGUCAAAGGAAUUGGGAAAGACGGCUGGGAAGGACUUGGCAAGCGAUAAGGCGACAUAUCCAAAGCUCAUGGGCAUUGAAGGGGCAAAGAAUUUUGCUGCUAAGUUGGUGGCUCAAGCAAUAGAAGAGCUUACUCAUUUUGAUGCUGCUAUGGCUGCCCCAUUAUAUUGUUUAGCCAACUACAUUGCCAAUAGACAGACUUAGAGGAGCAAUUAACAAAGACUGC